CCCUCAUUACUCAUUACACAUUACAUUGUGUGUGUGUGUGUGUGUGUGUGUGUGUGUGUGUGUGUGCGCGCAUCUUGUGCAUCUCAAGCAAGAUCUUGAGGCAUUUCACAAGGACAACAAUAUAAUGUAGUAAAAUCAAAUUAAAAAUAUUAUUAAAUAAAAUUAAAAGCAAUAAAAAUGUGAAGAGAAAAAAUUGUUAUUUCAAAAAACCUGACAACCAUUCCACAAUGUCAGAUUCCCAUCGGGUGUUUUAACACCAGUUAUGUGACACAGCUGCUUUUACACCAAAAUAAUUAUUUAUUGGCUAAGAUAAUUUGUGGAUGAGGAACGUGUGUAUGAGUGCAACCUUGGGUGUUGCGGUUCCCCCGUUCUACCACUAGUGUUCCUACGCAUAGUCUAAAGUUUUCUUAUAUUUAGGAACAUUUCCACACACAGGUACUAAAUGAUGAAUACCACACAAUCUGUAAUUUAGAGAUUCAAAGCAGUGUUUUAGAUAAUUCUAAACUAAUGAUGGCACAGAGCAAACAAUGUUGAAUGAUGGUUGGUCAAGGUAACGGAGACACUAGCCACGUUUACAUGCGCACCUUUAAUCAAAUUGACGCCCAAUCAUAUAAAAAAUUCUGCAUGUAAACAUGCCAAUCGGAAUGUUCUGAUCUGAUUCGGCCUGAUCGGAAUGAAAUUUCAAUCCGAUUGAGAGAGGUGGUGUUGUCCGAUCAUCAUUCUGAUUGACGUGCAUGUACACAGUCAUUCGCAUUUUUGGAGUAAAAUAAUGCCCACUGCGCAUGUCAUUUAGACUACGUGGCUUAAAGGCACAGUCUGCAACAUUUAAAUGUAGAAUAACUUUAAAAAUGUUAGAUUUUGACCAUCUGACCCAAUUUUAUCAAAAAAAGUAAAUAAUCUUUAAUAUUUCAAUUUUCUUCUAAGUCCCUCCCCUGCCCUGUAGAGCUCAGCCAAUAUUUCUGCAAGCCUAACGCGUUGACCAGUAGCGCUGCGUUUCCACCAGGGGGCAGCUGUCAAUCAUCGAGCACGAGCAGGUCUCAGCGCACAACAGUGUCACGCGCCUCACUUGGCUUACUGCAGAAACAUGGAGCAACAAAACCCCAAAUUACCGAUUCCUCGACUGCCUUCCACAUCUCAAAAAACAUUUAAAAAGUUUAAAAGCCCUUCUUCAAAAGUGGCUGUAAGACUUUUGAGACAGUCGAGUAGAAUUUACAUUGGAGAUUGUUUUACACACGAUGGAGAGAUUUUCGUGAUCUACACGGCCUGAAAAUGGAUGAAGAGUUGGCAAAGUAUCUUUUAGACAGUCAUCAGUCCAAAUAUGAAGCAUCAACAUCUACACCAUUGAAGCGCCAACUGUGUAUUUCUCCAACACCAGUGCCAGCACUGUCUAGCAUUCAUGGAGAAUCAUCUGAAAGGGAUGAUAAUUUGGAGGAGGUGAUGGAACAAGGUGAAACUAAAAAAGAAGGAUCUUCACAAAUGUUAUCUUGUGUGGGAAUUGAAGCAAACAUUGACGAGGAAGAGUUCAACAAUAUUCAAAACUCUAUGAUAGAGUCAUCAGAUGACACAUGGUCACCAAACAGAGAACCAGAAGUUGAUUCGUCUUCAGAGGAGGACGAAACCAUCGAGAUGGACAGCGGUACUGAUGACAGCGGUGAUGAGGACUACACACCUUAUAUACACAUAAGGACUGGAGCAGCAUUACAAAAAACAUUACAACUUGAGACUCUGCAAGAAAUUAACAUAGAGGAUACAGUUCAUGACUGUAAUAUCCCAGAAGCAACUGACCAACGUUUGACAAGCAAGAAAGGUCUUCCUCGACGAGGAUCCAAGGCGUUAUGGUUUGCUGUCCGGAGUUCCUGCACCAUCAACAGAGGAACUUCUACAACACCUACGGACUUGCGGUGAUGGUAAAACUUUGCCACGGACAUAGGUGUUGGGGGAGGCAAGAGAAAACCCAAAACCUUCUUUAUUUUUGUUUCCUGUGGUUUUUUUUUUUUGUUUUUUUUUU